AUGGCGAGUCCCGAGGUCGACGGCGGUAUUUCUAUCGAGAAUGGCGCGCAGCCAUCCGAGACGAACGAGAAGGUUACAACCAUUCCCAACCCAGAGUCAAACGAACCGAUCGAGCCGGAGCAACCGGAAACCCGGGAGGAAGAUGCCACCGCAGAUAACGGGAACCUAGCAAGACCCGAGAUGGAGGACGGCGGCGACCUUCAGUCGACCAUAUCCACCAGCAACGGCGAUUUCGACGACGUGACACUUUCUCCAUCCAAUGGAGCAACCAAGAGCUACGCCGCCGUCGCUGGCGGGAAGGACGAGAAGGAUACCAGAUAUGACGAAGACUGGUCUUACCCAAAGUUGCCCAUCAUCGCCGAGUCGCAGCAACGUGAGCGGGCGAACUGGCGCGCUGGAGGAAUUCGAUUUGCUCCCCUGCGCGUGCCAAUGGCACGGCGAUUACAAACGGCAGCAGUGCUCUUCCACUGCAUGUCCAUCAUCCUCUUGGUGUCAAUCUUCUGGCUGAUCUGCGCCAACCCUUUGACCUGGCCUAUUCUUGUCCCGUACCUCAUCCACCUCACUCUCUCGACAGCAGCAAGCAAUGGGCGUCUGUCGUACCGCUCCGAAUGGUUCCGCAGCCUGCGACUGUGGAAGCUCUUUACUGGAUACUUCCCCAUGAAGUUGCACAAGACGUUUGACCUGCCCGCCGACAGGAAAUACAUCUUUGGCUACCACCCCCAUGGUAUUAUUUCUCAUGGAGCUUGGGGAGCUUUUGCUACUAAUGCCCUUGGGUUCAGAGAGCUGUUCCCUGGCAUUACCAACACUCUACUUACUCUCGACUCUAACUUCCGCCUUCCCUUCAACCGUGAUUGGAUUCUGUGGAUGGGCUUGCAGUCUGUUUCCAAGGAGUCGAUCUGGAACAUGUUGACCAAGGGUGGCCCCAAUAACGACGGCCAAGGACGUGCGGUUACUAUUGUCGUGGGAGGUGCCCGAGAGUCGCUCGAAGCUCAGCCGGGGACUCUUCGUCUAAUUCUUAAGGGGAGAAAGGGCUUUGUCAAGAUGGCGCUUCGCACAGGAGCUGACCUUGUCCCCGUCAUUGGAUUCGGCGAGAACGAUCUUUACGACCAGCUCAGCCCCAAGACGCACCCGAUUGUGCACCAGAUGCAGAUGAUCUUCCUCAAGGUCUUCAAGUUCACCGUGCCAGCUCUCCACGGACGAGGCGUGCUCAACUAUGACGUUGGACUCAUGCCGUAUCGACGACCGGUCAAUAUUGUCAUUGGGCGCCCGCUCCGGGUUGAGAGGCCUCAUGGACCUCAGCCGGCACAGGAGGACAUUGAUGAGCUUCACGAGCGCUACAUUCGAGAGGUUGAGAAGUUGUGGGAGGCAUAUAAGGAUCAGUUUUCUCCUGAUCGAAAGGCUGAGAUGGAAAUUUUUGCCUAA